UCCAACGCUAAUCCGGACUUUCCAAACGUGGCCUUCGAGACAGCGCUCCUGAAGUACCCGAAAGAUCCUUCAAAAGUAACAGUCGUGGAGUUUGGUCCUCUGAAGGACGAGUGGAACCGCUAUUACAGCGACUAUUUGGACAAAAACUACUUCUUCGUGCAGCCAAUCCUGGAAAGGGUCCGCAGUUAUGGCUACGUUCGGCUUCAGUCCAGCGAUUCGUCUGUUUAUCCCAUAAUUAACUCAAACUUCUUAUCACAUCCGCUGGACUUCGAGGACUUCGUCGACAUAACAAAGUUUGUGUUUCGCUUCUUCGAGAAGUCGCGCAUCUCUUCGUACGUGAAACGAGCGAAACCAAUACCCGGCUGUCGGAUGUGUCCCGGAGUCCGGUUCACUCAUGAGUGCGAUUCGUACAUACGGUGUCUCAUCCGACAGAUCACAUACACGGGCUAUCAUUUGGUGGGCACGUGUCGUAUGGGCGCCGCCGACAGACCG